GGGCGAGGGGAAGGCGUGCGGGUGGGUGGGUGGGGGGUCCCGGCCAUGUUCCACCCGUCUCCGGGGCUGGGCGUGGGCGUGGGCGUGGGCGUGGGCGCGGGGGCGGGGGCGUGCGCGGGCGGGGCGCUGCCCAAGCGCUGCUUCUCCAUCGAGUCCCUGGUGGGGAAGGACCCCCCGCCGGCCCCGCCCGCCCUGGCCUUCCCCCCCUCCUCGGCGCCCCCCUCGGGCCCCCGCCCGCCCCUCUACGGGGCCCCCGAGCUGCUCUUCGCCGAGGGCCUGGCCCCGCCCCCGCCCCCGCCCCCCGCCGGGCCCUUCUUCGCCGCGCCCCCGCCCCCGCCGCCCCCGCCCCGCGCCCCCGCCGACCCGCUCGGCUUCUACCCCUGGGUCCUCCGGAGCCGCUUCUUCGGGCACCGCUUCCAAGGCGGAGAGGUGUCCCAGGAGAGCCUGCUGCUCCACGGCCCUUUCGCCAGGAAGCCCAAGCGGAUCCGGACGGCCUUCUCCCCGUCGCAGCUGCUGAGGCUGGAGCGCGCCUUCGAGAAGAACCACUACGUCGUGGGCGCCGAGCGCAAGCAGCUGGCCGGCAGCCUCAGCCUCUCCGAGACCCAGGUGAAGGUCUGGUUCCAGAACCGACGGACCAAGUACAAGCGGCAGAAGCUGGAGGAGGAAGGGCCCGAGUCGGACCAGAAGAAGAAGGGCUCCCACCACAUCAACCGGUGGCGCAUUGCCACCAAGCAGUCCAGCGGGGAGGACAUAGACGUCACCUCCAACGACUAGCGGAGUGAUGGCGGCAGGCACACCGUUGCCCCGGGAAGGACCAUUGAGCGGGAGCAGAGGCCACAGACUCUGGCCGCGGAAGGGGGGACAGACCUGGGCAGGAGACCCCCGGUUUCCGGUGUUGGGGUGCUCGGGCGGAAGGACCGCUUUGGGGGCAAUGUGCUGCCUCUGUGCUGCCUCUCCGAUCUAUGGGUCAACCUAUGGGGCCAGCAAUGCAGCUGAAGACGGAAGAGAGUGGGAAGACCCCCAGAAAGGCCAGGACACGGACCCUGUGAGUCCUGCGAGGAGCCUCCAAAUAAGCGCAUCUGCCAAGGCUUCCGCCAUAGACACCCUCCGCUUGUCUUGGUUGGACUUGGGCCGGGUGGGUGUCCAAUGUAUUACGAGGACAAUGACUAUGAUUAAGGGCCCAAGAGGAAGCCCGUCCCUCUCCCGUCUUAAUUUAUUAUUUUGUGUCUCUGUGUUUCCGGUGUGUACCUCUUCCCUCUGUCGUAGAUGUGUGUGUCAAUGCGCACAAGUGUGGGUGGGUGUUUCUGUGCAAUCAUAACACAACCAGUGGCCGCCCAGGCUGGCAAUACAUCCAGGCCUUAUUGUGGAUGCAGAGGGGCGGGAAAGGCUUUUUGGAGGUCCCACCCUCUUCUUUGCAAGCCUCUUGUUUCAUGACAACAUAUCUUCCCUCUGCCUGAAUUCAACAUCAAUGUUCCCGGCUGAUCCUCUGCCUUCCCACUUUCCCAGCUGCUUUUAAAAUGCCCUCGUUAUUUCUCUCCUUGUCCCUCUUUGUGCUCAGCUCGCUUCAAUUGCUGCAAAAUGAGCCCAAAGUGCCAAAAUGGCUCAUAGCAUAGAGUUGGAAGGGUCUCCUGGAGGCCAUCCAGCCCAGCCCUCUCCAGCCAGGCAGGAAGACACAACCAAAGCACUCCUGACAGAUGGCCAUCCUGCUUUUGUUUGAAAGCCUCCAGAGAAGGAGACUCCGACAAACUCUUAGAGUUGGAAGGGAUCCCCAUCCUGUCCAACCUCAUUCGGCACAAUCUGAUCCCUCCCAACAGAUGUCCAUCCAGACUCUACUUAAAAAUCUCCAGAGAAGGGAGACUUCCAGGCAGCAGAGGGUUCCACCAAUAAACAGUUUUGAACGUCAGGAUUUUCUCUCUAAUGUUUAGGUGGAAUCUCUUUCCUUGCAACUUGAAUCCUUUCCCUUCCCCGUCGACUCAGGCAAAAGCAAACUACGUCCAAGCAGGGUCCCUUUAUAUAGUUGUGCCAGGUCUCCAUUUGCAGCCUCAAUAUUUUAUCAUUUGGAACAUGGCUUACCACUGUCACCAUCGUUAGCAUAUGGCGUUACACAUAAAUGAGGAAUAACCAGUCAGGUAUCCUUGCCAAAGCAGGAAAACUCAUGUUUUAAAACAAGGAACGCAGGAGAAGUAAGGGAGACACAGAAAGUGCACAAAUGCAAUAUAAUUCAGGUCGGGCACCUGUUCCCUGGGAUUCUCAAAUCUCAAACCCUCCAAAAUCCAAAAUCCUGGGUGGCCGAGAGAGUGACACUUUUUGUUUCCUGGCGGUUCAAUGUACCCAAAGUUUGUUUCAUGUACCAAAUUAUUAAAAAGAUUGUAUAUAAAACUA